UAGGAGGAGGAGCCAGGUCUACUGAAAUUCUACCUGAGAUAGGACAAUGCCCCCUGAGAAAGAUAGCAAUGGCCUGGACAGCUAUGCCUUCGCUACCGACAGCCAUUUGUGCGACCUGUCAGAGGAGAAAGAUGGUGACGAGUCUGAGUUUUCCGGGGAAGAGAACAGGAACAAGCUGGCCUACUGUGUCACCGACGUCCCUCCGUGGUACCUCUGCAUCAUCCUGGGCAUCCAGCACUGCCUGACGGCGUUUGGGGGCAUCAUAGCCAUCCCCCUGAUCCUGUCCCAGGGCCUGUGUCUGCAGCAUGACGGCCUGACUCAGAGCCACCUCAUCAGCACCAUCUUCUUUGUGUCCGGAGUCUGCACACUGCUGCAGGUCACCUUUGGAGUCAGAUUGCCCAUCCUCCAGGGGGGUACCUUUACCCUGCUUGCUCCCUCCAUGGCUAUGCUCUCUAUGCCAGAGUGGACCUGCCCAGCCUGGACCCAGAAUGCAUCUCUGGUCAACGCCUCCUCGCCCGUCUUCAUAGAGGUGUGGCAGAGCCGCAUGCGAGCUUUGCAGGGUUCCAUCAUGGUGGGUUCUCUGUUCCAGGUUCUGGUUGGGUUCUCUGGCCUGAUCGGCCUCUUCAUGCGCUUCAUCGGCCCCCUCACCAUCGCCCCCACCAUCGCCCUGAUUGGCCUGUCCCUGUUCGACUCAGCCGGCACCAGCGCUGGAAACCACUGGGGCAUCUCCUCCAUGACUACAGUGCUGAUCAUCCUGUUCUCCCAGUAUCUGCGUCACAUCCCAGUCCCGUUCCCCACGUACACCAAAACCAAGAAGCUCCACACCUCCAGGAUGUACAUCUUCCAGAUCCUCCCUGUGCUGCUGGGCAUCACGCUGUCCUGGCUCAUCUGCUUCAUCCUGACGGUGUACGAUGUCCUCCCGCCCAACCCAGAGCAGUACGGACACCUGGCGCGCACCGACCUGAAGGGGGAUGUGGUGGGCCACGCCCCCUGGUUCCGCUUCCCGUACCCAGGUCAGUGGGGUCUUCCCACCGUGAGUCUGGCGGGGGUGGUGGGGAUCUUGGCGGGGGUGAUAUCCUCCAUGAUCGAGUCCGUGGGCGACUACCACGCCUGUGCCAGGCUGUCAGGGGCCCCUCCUCCCCCCAAACAUGCCAUCAACCGGGGGAUCGGCAUCGAGGGACUGGGGUGUCUGCUGGCUGGAGCCUGGGGCACGGGCAACGGCACCACCUCUUACAGUGAGAACGUAGGAGCGCUGGGCAUCACCAAGGUGGGCAGUCGCAUGGUGAUCGUGGCCAGCGGAGUGAUGAUGAUCGUCAUGGGGGUGUUUGGUAAGGUGGGGGCCAUCUUCACCACCAUCCCCACCCCUGUGGUGGGGGGAAUGUUCAUGGUCAUGUUUGGGGUCAUAUCGGCUGCCGGAGUCUCCAACCUCCAGUAUGCAGACAUGAACUCGUCCAGAAACAUCUUCAUCUUCGGAUUCUCCAUGUUCUCUGGGCUAGUCAUACCCAACUGGCUGUUCAAGAACCCCAAAGCAAUAGCCACAGGAGUGGUGGAGCUGGACCAGGUGCUGCAGGUGCUCCUGACCACCAGCAUGUUUGUGGGAGGCUUCUUCGGCUUCUUCCUGGACAACACCAUACCUGGAUCGAAGCGGGAGCGAGGUAUCGUAGCAUGGAACCAGGCUCAUCAGGACGACUCCAGCAACACGCUGGAGAGCGAAGAGGUCUACAACCUGCCCUUCGGCAUCAGUUCACGUCUCUCCUCCUCAUCCUGGGUCCGCUAUGUGCCCUUCUGCCCUCCCAAUGCCACUAGAUCACUGGACGAGGCUAGCGCUGACGCUAAUGCUAACAAUCAUGCUAACGCUAACGCUAAUUCUAAAGCAGGCGCUAACUCACUGGAGGCCAGGCAGCUUCCUGGGAGUCUUGACGCGCCACAGAUCAUUAAAGCUGCGGCUCUUUGA